CCCCCCUGUAGGGAGCAGUCAAGCCCAUCCCGGCUAACUGCACAUAAGACUCGAGAGAGAUGACGACUCUGAUUCUCCAUCUGGCGAACCCUCGCCUCCACCUCCUGCCACCGCCGCCGCCACCCGUCUGCCCCAAAAGCACUUGCCAUGCCUUGCUCGCCUCUCGAGCUUUAAAUCUCCCAAGGUCACCUCCAAUGCCACUUUCCCUCCGAUCCGCAUCAGUUGGUACCAUGCUUCAAUGGCAAUGACGUCCACAAUCUCGAACUACUGCCCCCACCCGAUCUGGCCGGGGACGCUCGCCGGUGCGGGCACGUCGCAGCUGUCCAGGAUGGGGUUCAAGCUUGACGCCGGGCAGACGGUCCAGCUCGCGGCGCCGGCGGGGUGGUCGGGGCGGAUAUGGGCGCGGACGGGGUGCGUGUUCGACGCGGACGGAGCGGGCGUGUGCCAGACGGGCGACUGCGGCGGGCGGAUGGAGGCCACGCUGGACGGGAGCGGCGGCCAGGACUUCAACGACGUGAGCCUCGUCGACGGCUACAACCUACCCGUCGUCGCGAUCCCGCGGUCGCGGCAAGGUGGCACGUGCAACGCCACCGGCUGCAUGGCCGACAUCAACCGCUGUAAGUGCCACUUCUCCGGCGGCGCCACCGGAAACUAUUAGCUUGUUAUUAGACUUGCGCAUUGCCGCCGGCGACCGGCCUCUGACUAUCUCCAUGGCUUCCGCGCACGCCGCCGCCGAUGGAUCGGCCACCAGCGUGCCCGAAGGAUCUGCAGGAGGACUGCAGCGCGGCACCAUCGCGUGCCGGAGCGCGUGCAAGGCGUUCGCGCAGGACAGUACUGCUGUAGCGGCUUGUACGCGACGCCGGACGCGUGGCAACCUAUGGUGUACAAUGUAACCAAACGGAUUCGGCUAAUUCAAUAGUAUUCUGUGAUAGAGAAUAAUAAGUCGGAAUAAGUCGAUAGCAGACCAACAGAGGCAUUGGCUUGUAACCAUAUAGUUUGGCUAGUAUAUUAUAAGCUAAAAUAUCUGGGUUGGGUUGGUGUAUGGUGGUGGAGGU